UCAGUGAUCAGAGAUGGCGGGCGCCUCCGACCCCCUGGAAGAUAUGCUCUUUUCAGAGGUGGAUGAAAAAGCUGUUAGCGACUUAGUGGGCUCAUUAGAGUCACAGCUUAUUGGGCAAAGCAGCCCAGUGGGUAAAACAGACGAAAACGGAGGCGCUGGCUCUGUGGCCCCUGCUAACCAUCACUUAGGAAAAACGCUACCAGCUCCAGUGAGCACCACAACACUAGAACAACAACAACAAGGACGGCGUAAUAAACCUGAGAUGCACCAGGAGAUCAACUCUAAAGACGUUAGCCCGGAUAAAACUGUCACGUCUCCUUCAUUGGGCUGUACUCCUCCUUUUGGCGAUCCUUCCACCACUUCGGUUGCCUGUGUGAACGCCACUAGCAGCGGUUCGCAAUCACAUGGAGCAUCCAUCACAACACUGACCGCAUCUGGUGUGUCAACUUUGGCAUCUCCGCAAGACAGCAUCAGCACCGCAUCCAACCGGAGCGCUAAGGUUACCCCGGACUCAGGAGAGACGCAGACGGAGGGAAACCCACCGAGGAAACGGAUAACGACACCGAGAAGGAGCUCUUCGGCUCGGAUAAAGAGUUUUAACGGCGCAGCUGUAACGACAAGAAGGAACAGCAACGCAGCGGUGGCCGAAAACGUAAGCUCUGUGGACGCCUGUCCAACUACCCCAAACUCUACCCGACCGGUCACAUCCUCUAUCAACACUUCGACUUUUACUCUAUCUAAUGCAAGCCUGCCUGUAGGUCAGUCUGCUAUUGCUCUCGACCGUGGGACUCCUACUAUUGCUUUGCAUAGACUCCCGAGUCAUAUUGUAGCCAGUAUAGCCCAGAACGGCAACGGGACCAGUGUUACGGCCCUUGUCCAGCAGAGCGCUCGUACUGGUCCCGCCACAUCUUCAGCUCCCCACGGAGAUCACAGCACAACUGUCACGGAUUCUGGGGCUUCCAAAAUAGACGACAGUCAGUCCAAAAUUGUAAUGUCAAGCCAGUCUAGUAGUGUCAGUUCUGUAAUAAACACUGUGUCCUCUGCUUCCUCUGUUGUCACACCAGCAACAACUACAGCAGCAGCUGCUACAACUACAACCGCAACGCAACCUCUGAGUUGUGCUACAUCUGCUGCGUGUGUUACAGGGAUGACAACUACUUCUGUAUGUGGAACUGUUCAGACCACAUCAGUGACUACUACCAUUAGUAUGGUUAGGCCCACAGCUCCCUCUCCAACACCUGCUGUGGCCACUUCUGCACAGUCUCAACCCCGUCCUGGACUUACAUCACCUCAAAGGAUUGUAGCCCCCCAGCUGAUUGUCAGACCGCCUCAACAGCAGACAACCAUUCAGCUGCCCCCUGGGUUCACUAUCCCACCUGGGAUGGUGUUGGUACGUACGGAGUUAGGCCAGUUGGUAAUGGUUCCUCAGCAGGCUUUAGCUCAAGCCCAAGCUCAGGCUCAAGCCCAGGCCCAGAAUAACAUCGCUCCACGACCUGCAACCCCCACCACAGGGACAUCCUUCAGAGUAACAACUCCACAGCAGUCUCCUGUGACCUCUCAGACCAGCAGGCAGUGUCCUUUGACCCCGGCCAAGAUGGCAUCAUCUCCCUCUCCCACUCCUUCCAGCCCUGCCCUCCAGACCUCUUCCUCCUCUUCUUCCUCCUCCUCCUCCUCCUCCUCCUGUCCUGCACUCCGCCCUAAGGGCCCCGUGGCACCGGCCGUGGCAGUGACGGUUCCUCAGCAGGCCCCCGUGGUUACAGCCCCCCAGGCCCCGGCCCAGCCUGCCUCCCAGCCAGUGCAGCCUGCGCAGACUGGCAUCGCAGCGGCCCCCGGAGGUCCUGUCGUGUCCCAGGAAAUGCAAGAGAACGUGAAGAAGUGUAAGAAUUUCUUGGCCACACUUAUCAAACUGGCCUCCCACAACUCUCCUUCCCCUGAAACGUCCAAAAACGUUAAGGCUCUGGUCCAGGAUCUGCUGGAUGCCAAGAUUGAACCAGAGGAGUUCACCAGUCGGCUGCAAACUGAGCUCAAGUCAUCUCCGCAGCCUUACCUGGUGCCUUUCCUCAAGAAGAGCCUCCCGGCCCUGAGGCUGUCUUUGCUGAAUAGUCAGCAGUCCCUGACCCAGCCCCCGCAGCAGGGAGUCAAACCACUGCCCUGUGGCACACCUCCUGCCAUCGUGGCUGGGCCAGCUGUCCGCAUCCGCCACCCUAACAGCGUCAGCACCACUGUGGGUGCCAGCACACUGCCCUCUGGGACGCUCGGACAUUCAGCUGCUGUGGGUCUCAAGACAGGAGGUGUUGUCGGUGGCCAGGUCCGGAUGCCCGUGGUGAUAACGCAGUCCAUCAGAGCACAGGGCACAAUGGGAAAGGGAGCCAUCAUCCAAGCAGGCAAAACCCCCGUUGGCCUGCCUGUUCAGAUCUCUGGGAAUCAGAAAAACAAGCUCAACGACCCUGGAGGAGGCUCUUUCAGAGACGAUGAUGACAUCAAUGAUGUGGCCUCCAUGGCCGGGGUGAACCUGAACGAAGAGAGCGCAAGAAUACUCGCAACCAACUCUGAGCUAGUAGGAACGCAGAUCCGCUCAUGUAAAGACGAGGCCUUUCUCCAUCCAGGGCUGCUACACCGACGAAUUCUAGAAACUGCAAAGAAGUUUGGAGUGACAGAGGUCCCCAUGGAGGCCGUCACAUUCAUCUCACAUGCUGCACAAUCACGACUUCGGACUGUGGUAGAAAAUGUUUCUGUCAUUGCACAGCACCGACUGGACUCCUGUAAGGACGACGAGUGCUACGAGCAGUCUGCAGACGUCCGCUCGCAGCUUCGCUUCUUCGAGCAACUCGAGAGAAUGGAGAAGCAGAGGAAGGACGAGCAGGAGAGAGAGAUCCUUUUGAAAGCAGCUAAAAGUCGCUCCAGGCAAGAGGACCCAGAGCAAGCUCGACUGAAACAGAAAGCUAAGGAGAUGCAACAACAGGAGCUGGCUCAGAUGAGGCAGCGAGAUGCCAACCUCACAGCACUAGCUGCCAUUGGACCCCGAAAAAAACGUAAAGUGGAUUCACCGCCAUCAGGGACCGAGGUUUCCAGCAGCACGGCUGGCUCCCCGGCCAGCUCCUCUGUCCCGUCCACCUCAUCUCGCCAAUACACACGGCAGCGCAUCACUCGCGUCAACCUCAGGGACUUAAUAUUCUUCAUGGAGCAGGACAGAGAGACCGCCCAUUCCCUUCUCCUUUACCGUGCUCUGCUCAAGUAGCCUCUGCUCUGCUCAGCGCCCACCUCAACCUCCUCCUCCGCCUCCUUCUUCCCAGCCACGUGCCUUCAGAUCAGGUCUAAUGUGUCAGCUCUGUGUCUCCACUUUCCAUGUACUGUAGUGAUGUUUGAUGUAGCUUUGAUUAACAAGAAAGAGAGCGGGAUUGAAAAAGUAUAAAAAUCAAAUUGUUAUUUCAAUGUGCUCUCUGUUUAGCUUCAAGGUGUGUAGAUAGAGCCUCAGUUUAAAGGCCAUAUUGUGUUCAUUGUGUUGGAUUUGUCAGAGGAAGGAUGUCUUUAUAUCACAGGUCUUGAUUCCAGACUUGAUGCUGGGUAGCUGGGAAGCUUCUGCCAACAGUUUGACAUUGUUGGCAGAAGUUUCAAUAAAUAAAAUAGGAAUUACAUUUACUAGAGUAAAUACAGUGAUGUGAAAAAGUGUUUGCCCCUUCCAGAUUUCUUAUUCUGUUUGCAUGUUUGUCACACUUACAUUUUUCAGCUCAUCAAACAAAUUGAAAUAUUAAUCAAAGACAAAACCAUUGAACACAAAAUGCAGUUUUUAAUGAUGUUUUUUAUUAAGGUAAAACAAAAUCCAAACUACGGUAAAUGGCCCUGUGUGGAAAAAGUGGAAAACACACCAGCAAGUCCACCUCUGAAUGGCUGAAGAAAAACAGUGAAGAGUUUGAAGUGGCCUAGUCAAAGUCUUGACCAGAAUCCUAUUGAGAUGCUGUCACAUGACCUUUAAAAAGGCGGCUCAUCCUGGAAAACCCUCCAAAGUGGCUGAAUUAUAACAAUUCUGCAAAGUUGAGUGGCUCAAAAUUCCUCCACUGUAAAAGACUCAUUUCAAGUCAUUGCAAAUUCUUGAUUGCAGUUGUUGCUGCUAAGGGUGGCCCAACCAGUUAUUAGGGUUAGAGGGCAAUCACUUUUCACACAGGGCCAUGUUGGUUUGGAUUUUUUCUCCCUCAAUAGUAAAAACCUUCAUUUAAAAACUGGAUUUUGCAUUUACUUCUAUCGUGUUUGACUAAUAUUUAUAUUUAUGUGAUUAUGUGAAACAUUUAAGUGUGACAAACAUGCACAAAAAUAAGAAAUCAGGAAGGAGACAAACACUUUUUCACUCCACUGUAUUUUCACAUCUUGAUGCAGUCUCCAGUUUUCUCCACAAGCUGUUUGUUGAACUUAGUUCAGUGAAUGUAGUUUAGUUAAACUUGAUCGAUGAGACUUUACGGAUUUCUUCAUCGACACUUAAUCUUGAAACAGAUUCCAAAUAACAGCAUCAUCUUACAUCUCCCUACUGUACGUGUAAAUAGUUCUAUUUGAAUUAUUUUACAGCAUGUAUAUUUUAUAUCACAUGUAAGCUUUGUAUGAAAAGGAGUGAUUCAUGUGUUAAUAUAAUGAAACAACUUGAUGUUUUGUAAAAUCUUGUACUUUCAAAGAGUCAAGUUUAGGCAGUUUUCUGUAGAUUAUUGUUAUAAGGCAGAUUCCCUCUCAUCCCCUCCGUCAAGGCCAUUUAACAGAACUGCGGCUGGCAUGUGACACUCGCCUCUGAUUGGUCACCCUUGUUGAGUGAGUCAGUAUUUUUCUCUUGAACAGACAUAAUGUGAACAUUAGUUUUAUAAUUAGUUGUUUGGAGUUUGUGUCCUGCAGUAUCCCAACCACACGCUGGUUAGAAAAGGUAAGAUUUGUUCAUGUUCAAAGUGAGGAGAGUAAAAAGAGACAUUACUUUAUCUUCCACCCUUAUCGUCUGUAUCAUGUGUAAAUCACUGAUGGUUAAAAUAAGGAGAAAAAACACUUUUACUAGUCUACUGAUUACGACUACCACCCAGAGUUUCAUGAUGACUAAAUAACAAAGGUUAUUCAUGAAGCGUUGUGGUGCAGAGCACUUGUUUUUUUUUUUUUUUUUUGUUUGUUUGUUUGUUUUGGGUUUUUUUUUUUUUUACCUAAAAUUAAAAAAAAAAAAAAAACUGUAAAAUUUUCUGGAAACUAUAGAAAGAAGCAUCUCAACUAUUUGCACCAAAACUCAUUCCGCUUUUUUUCUCCCAUUUUGUUCCGAGUCUUUUUGUGUAUCGUCUUGGUCUCUACUUCGACUUAUUUUUAAUUUUUUUCAUUUUUCUAAAAUAUUUUUUAUAAAUCCUUAUUGUAUUAUGUAACAUCAUCCAUCGUGUUUUUUGUUUUAUUUAACUAAAUUUCUUGGCCUCUAUGCAGCUUUUCUCUUCAUAUUGAAAUUUAUUUAAAUAUGGGUGGCAUUUGAAACAAUUGUUGUGCAUUGUAUAUUUUGACAGCACUUUUUUAAAUAUCUAUUUUACCCAAAACUAACAGCUAUCGCUGUAUUAUAGCAAAAAAAAAAAAAAAGAAGAAAAAAAAAAAAAAGAAAGUCUUUUAACAAAAUUGCCAAUUUCUGUCAAAAUACACUUAUUUUUCAUAAUUAAUAUAUUUCUUUUUUUGGGAUUGGCUUUUAUGCUUAACACAUUUUCAUAGAUUUUAUCUCUAAAAUACCAUGUUUUAGAAAUAAGCACAACAAUAACUGUUAUGGUUAUUUAAAGUGAUUUUGUUAAUGAUUUUUAUGGUUUCUGGUGACUUCACAGGAGGACAUUUCUACUACUACUACAGCUUUUUAGCCAAAAUACUAGGACAAUAUUCCUGAUGUAAAAAAGAUGGGGGAAGUAACAUUUCAGUGUGAGGAUGAUUGUAAAUAUUGUUUACAAAACUAUGUGUUUAUUAGAACCACGUUAUUUUUGGUAAACUCUUGUACAUAUCUGGAAAAUUUCCUGUUUGUGUGAAAGAAUCAAGACUUACUUAUUUGUACCUAUUUUGUAAAGGAAUAAAUAAGCUGUUUACUAAACUGA